GAAUUCACUCCUACUUCAUCUUCUGCAUCUCCUUCAUUGAACUUCUUGCACUCUUCUUAAUAUGAUAAUAUGAUAUUCUCUUGAACUAUUAUCGAAAAAGAUCAACUAAUUUUUUGCUUUUCUUUUCGGACAUUUUUAUACGAGGCAUUCUCAUUAGUGUUUUUGAUACCAGGUCUAGAGUGCGGGGGGAACGAAAAGUCCUAGAAGCUCUUAGAUUCACUGCUUUGACAACUAGUUCUAGCCCUGUUUUUAGUAUCCAUCUUAUCAAUCGAUAAUCUUUUUUAUCAAGAAAUAUUAAAUAAUACAAAAUUAAAUGGCGGGUGGUAUUCAUACGCCAACCUCCAGUGACGGAAAGGUCAUACUGGAGUCCGACCUAUCUUCACAAUCAUCCAAACAUGGCGAUGCAGGAUCUCACCUCGAAAAUCCUAGUACUCAACCUCCCCGUGCAAACCGUGUAGCACGUUUCCCAUCCGGUGACAAUGAAAAUGCAGUAACGAAUGUCAGAGAGUCCGACAAAAUCGAAAUUAGCGAAGAAGAUUGCUGGGGCCAAUUGGGAUAUUCUUUUCCUUCCUGGAAAAAAUGGAUGAUUCUGUCGGUUAUUUUCAUGGUCCAGGUUUCUAUGAACUUCAAUACUAGUUUAUACUCAAACGCCAUUGGUGGCAUCGUCGACGAAUUUGGUGUCAGCGCACAAGGUGCAAGAGCUGGUGCUAUGAUUUUCUUGGUGCUAUAUGCAUUCGGUUGUGAAUUGUGGGCUCCGUGGUCUGAAGAACUGGGUCGCAAACCUAUUUUACAAGCUUCCCUAUUCUUGGUCAACAUCUGGCAAAUUCCUGUUGGAAUUGCUCCCAACUUUGCCACUAUCAUGGUUGGCCGUGCGCUUGGUGGUCUCUCAUCGGCAGGUGGUUCCGUUACUUUGGGCAUGAUUGCCGAUAUGUGGGAAUCAGAUGAUCAACAAUAUGCCGUUGCAUUUGUAGUGUUCUCAUCUGUCGGUGGAAGUGUUUUGGGACCCGUUGUUGGUGGUUUCGUCGAGGCUAAUCUGGCUUGGAGAUGGAAUAUCUGGAUUCAACUCAUCUUCGGCGGUGCCGUACAACUUCUUCAUUUGGUUCUUGUACCUGAGACUAGAUCGACCAUUAUGAUGGAUAGAAUCGCCAAGAAGAUGCGAAAGAGUGGUGAAAACCCAAACAUUUACGGUCCAAACGAAAUCACGCCAUUCAAGGAGCGAUUCUCCGUUAAAGAGACCUUGAUUACUUUCAUCAGACCUUUCAAGAUGUUCUUGACAGAGCCAAUUGUCUUAACCUUGAGUUUGUUGUCUGGAUUCUCUGAUGCACUUAUCUUCAUGUUCAUUCAAUCCUUUGCUCUUGUUUACAAACAAUGGGGCUUUGGAACUGUCGAACUUGGUCUCUCUUUCCUUCCUAUUCUUGUCGGAUACUUCAUCGCUUGGUUUGCAUUCAUUCCCGCCAUCAAACGCAACAUCAAACAACGCGCCAACAAACCAGACGAUGAACACGCUCAAUUCGAAUCUAGACUUUGGUUUUUGCUCUACACGGCACCAUGCUUACCAAUUGGCCUUAUUGGUUUUGCCUGGACUUCUACAGGUCCACCAAUCCAUUGGAUUGGUUCAUCAAUUUUCGCAGCGAUUGUCGGUAUUGCCAACUAUAGUAUCUACAUGGCGACGAUUGAUUAUAUGAUUUGUGCCUAUGGACCAUAUUCAGCUUCUGCUACAGGUGGAAAUGGAUGGUCAAGAGAUUUCUUAGCAGGUGUUUUGACCAUUCCUGCUACCCCCUUCUUCCAGAACAUGUCAUCCGACCCAUCUCUCUCACUUGCCUACGCCUCUACCAUUCUUGCAUGUAUUUCCUUCGUCCUUGUGAUCGCCGUCUAUGUCAUUUACUGGAAAGGACCUGUUCUCCGCAAACGCUCUCCUUUCGCCCAACAGCUAUCUGACGCCAAAGCUGCCCACAAUGAAGUAGUUCACGAGAAAGGAACCCACAUCGGUGAAGGAUCAACAGCGGUAGAUGGCACUCAUCUGUCAAGAAUGCCAACCGGAGCAAGAGCAAGAAGUUUCGCUCGCAGUCAACAAGAUCUACGAGUAAGACAAAACACGGGAAGCAGACCGCAAAGUACGCAUGAGAAGAGUAAUCCAAAUAGUAGGGCAAACUCCAGGGCAAACUCUAGGGCAAACAGUCCAGUCAGGAGGGAGGUGGCGGAAGCAAAUCAUGCAGCGGUGAUUCGGGAAGCGAUGAACCAUGAACGAAAUGACUUGAAUGAGAAGAGUAUGGUUUAGAAGUAGAAGGUAAUCAGAUGAAAGCAAUGAAGGCUGCUAAUGAUGGGUAAUGUCACAAUGGCAUUUCGGCGUUCGGUAUCGAUAUCCUAAGUUAAUCGCAUUUAUAAGCAGUGGAGUUUGAAAGGAGCCAAUGAUGGGAGAGGAGGAAAAUAGGAUUGUAUAGAAAUGAUGGUACCCAAGAUGGUAGAUAAGUACACGAAUAAAUGAAUAAAUGAAAUCA